UCAGCAAAAGCAGACAAUAAUUGUAAACAGCACAAACCAAAGAGUGGAAAUUGUAAUUAAUGGAGACAGAACAGAACAGAAAUGAAAAAGUGUUAAAUUUUUUCCUUCAUUGAGAAAAUUGAGAUGAAAAAGGAGGCAAAAAGGACAUGCAAUAGCACUAAAUUGAGCUAUAUUGAGAGAACAGCGAUGAACAGAGAAAAGGAUAACAAAAAGUAUGGCAUUAAGUAACAU